GUGGAAAACUCUUUUUUAAUAACGCAUUGCUCGAGGAAGAAGCAAUAUGUCAAAGAUAUCGGUGAAGGAAGAAAAACGCUUUUACGGCAAUGAGAUAUUGGCAGACUUUCAAGCUCGUGAAAAGGCGAUCCUUAAGGAAAAGGAAUCUGUGCCAACCGACGUUCCGAAUCACGUUGGCAUGCAAACUAUUAAUGCAAAGUCUGAUACCGGAAAGUACUUUGUAGAAUUCGCGAGUACCUCUUCUAUACACGGUUUGAAUCACUUGGUGGCACCGAAUCGACAUCCAGUCGAGAAAUUUUUAGCUGUGCUUUUCAUCCUCGCUGCCCUGUUGUCUUUAAUCUUCUUGUCGAUCAUCUUCUGGGAACGAUACCAAAAUAAUGCAACAGUAAUCGUGGUGGAUAACAAUCGUGAACAGUUUAAGCCCCAAAAGCCGGCCCUGUUUAUUUGUCCAGUGCCGAAUAUAGAGGAAAGCAAGAUUCCAGGAGUAUUUGAAAAAUACGGCAUCGAGAACACUCCGGAAGCGAUAAACUUCUUCACCUUUCUGGCCAACGUGAAUUACGAGAACAUGUCGCAGACACCUCUGUUCGACAAAGUUCCCUCGGAGAAAUGGUUGGAGAUUCUUCACGAUUUACGAAAGGAUUUUCCUUCAAAUAUCCUCAAGGAAAAUGAUCGUUACGAGAACUGGGUGAUAACAGAAAGAGGCUUGUGUUUAGCCACUAGAAGCGUCUUCAGCGGUUACGCUACCCUAGAGUAUUGGAAAACCAACAACGAAAGCAUUGUUACCCUGCCAAUUGAUCCAAAUAAGCUACCGCAUUACGACGGUAAGGAUGAUGGAGCUCAAGAAUCUAUUGCUGUAGAAAAUACAGCCUUGUUCGGUGCGUGUGAUCCUUUAGAAAUAAUAACGUAUAACACUCCAAUGAAAUGGAUACGAUCAAAAGUGUUGCAACGGGCGACCCUGUCGAUAUCCGGGAUCAGGGCGAUGCCAAACGUCAAAGAACUUCAUAUCCAUCAAAGAAAGUGCAAAGUCUAUAGCGAUGGUGGCUUGAAAACGUGGCCAAUAUACACGAUGAACAGGUGCACGAUCGAAUGCAGGAUGAACGUGAUACAGCAUCGUUGUAAAUGUCGUCCACACUUUGCUAGACCCCAAGAAGGUGUGAAUACUUGCAAUGCUACCCAACUUCGAUGCAUCGGUGGUAUAACGAGGCACCUUUUCCUAUAUAAAUAUCCACCUCUUUCUUGCGACUGCCUUCCGAAAUGCAAUAUCGGCUUUUAUCUGAUCAGAAGCACUGAAAUAAGCGAAUUAUCCGACACACCGACAAAUUUAUCAAUUAUAACUUUGAUCAUCGAAUUUCCUCAAGUAAUUUACAAUCGACUGAUGUUCUAUGGAUUCUCUGAUUUUUUAACUGGCGUGGGCGGAGCUGCAGGAUUGUAUCUUGGAGCUAGCGUAUUAUCUUUCGUCGAAAUCUUUUAUUACGCUACAUUUCACAUCUAUUUUUAUAUAAAACAGAUGAGAAGGAAGCAUAAAAGAAGUAAAACGAUUAAUUUAUCCUAA